AUGACAACAGGCUUUUGCUGGAAAAUCGGCUGUAUCAAGUGGCGGCAAGGCGGCGUAUACCUUCCGUGCCUGGCUCUGUUGGCGCUGAGCAGCGCGCUGAAAAUUCAUGAUUACGAGCAUGAGGAGCACGCCAAAUACGAACCGGAACAUGAGGAGACCGAGGUGCAUCACGAGGUGGAUCACAAGCACGCCACAUCGCACCAGAGCGUCAAAUUCCAUCAUUAUCAUGCCGUGCCCGUCUACAUCAAGCACGAGGAUCAGCACCUCAUCAAGAAGCCCAUCGAAAUUGGCGGCACCAAGCAGAAGUUGAAGAUCCUCCAUCCCAAGACCGAGCACAAUCACAACCACGGCCUGGUGCUGGAGAGCCACAGCGAGUCGCAUUUGCACGAGCACGGCCACUACGAGGAGCCAGUGCAUCAUUCCGAGCACUACGAGCAUUACGCGCACCACGAGUAG